UAACAUCUUAUGACCUCCACUGACAAUACCUCCGUCGUCGUUCUUUCUUCUCCCCCACAGGCUAUCAAACGUGCCACCUCUAUCUCAACCUCGGGACGCGUCGUAUUUCUGGCUCACGGUAACGUUUCCGGCUCGUGUUCCAUACUUUUCACGAACGCAGUCACCUCGCGCUCCGCAUAUUAGCCAGAAGCCUCCUCGACGUACGUAGGAACGUGAUGAGCCCAUUACCACCUAACCUACCCCCUAGCUCUCUUCGGAUGCUCAUCGUUGCUAUUUUCGAGUGUGAUAAGUGCGACGACUCGUGUACGGGGCUGUGCUUCUUUCGCGACUAUCAUGAAGCUGACAGUUAGACUUUGUAGAACAUGUCCAGAAUGGGAAUCUGCUAGCCCGAGGAUAUCUUCACGACCCUCAAUGGGUAGCGUGCUUUUGUGUU